CGGUUGCAGCAUGUAUAGUCAUCCGUUACGAGAGAAAUUAUAUUGUUCCGUACCGAGUUCUCCAUUUAUUUUCAAGCUUAUACGUGUAAAUCAAACUCGAUUCAAGUAGUUCCUUGGUCAAUUCAAUUUUAUGAAUUGCGUUUUGUAUGUUGUGCCAAAACAAGGACAAAGUGAAUGUAAAUUGUGUUAGCCUCGUAAACAGUGAGAGCAAGAUGGCGACGCCCUUGAGCAGCACAGGAUGCUUGAACUUCCUGGCUGCAGCGAGCAGGGCAAGUACACUCGGGAGCCGAAAGCUUCACGUCACAGCAGUGUGCUGCAAGAACCGAGCUGCUCGCAUCAGAGUGGGGAAAGGCGAUCGUCCUCUGACCUACGAACAAGCCCUGAAACCUCACCACAUCGCCCACCACAAAGGAUGGCUAUCGCAGCACACCAGUAACCUCAAGGGCGAGGACGGCGCGGCGGAGCGCGCCGUCGAAGACGCCUUCAUCCGUCGCUUGAUGUUCGGCACCUUCCACGGCUGCCUGGCCGACGAGCUGGUGAUCAAGCGGCGCGGCAACGCGCUGACGGUGUGCGCCCUCAUGCUGCAAAAGCUGCCGCCGACGAAAUUCUACUUCCUGAUUGGAUACGCCGAGUCGCUGCUGUCGCACUUCUACAAAUGUCCCGUCAAGCUGGACGUGCAGACGCUGCAGGAGAAGCAAGUGUACAAAUAUCUGUGACGGCCUUCGACUUCCCCUUUGCUGUCACGCAAAGCCAGCCCUUUCCUUGCUCCAAUUUAUUUGAGAAAUUGCCCAUGACGGACACUCACCGGGCCUACUUGAAAAAAUAAAAAGGGGGGGGGGGGCGGCAAAAAAAGUGUAGUCAUGUUCACGCACUCACUGAUUUUGUUUUGUUUGGAACUAUGGGUCCUCGUCUUGAAGUGUGUGUGUGUGUGUGUGUUUCACCAAAACCACUGGGUUCUGAGCUAAAAGCGGAGACAAUAAGCUUUCUGCUUUUGCACGGCCUUUGCCAUUCAGGCCAUCUUUGUGACAGACUGUCUACAACAAAUCUGAUUCUUCUUCUUCUUCUUAUACACCAGUUUCCAAUUUCAGCCCAAUUGAAACUGGAAUUUAAAACAAAUGUAAAGCACAUUCAAGAAAGACUAUUUUUCA